CGUUCACGUACGUAGGGAUCCUAUAGAUGUCUCGGAGCCAGCCGAGACCCACGAAUCCGCCGAGAGUGCAGAAAUACACGAACGCCUGGUCGUCCCUCUCCAGGUACACGUGGUGCGCUCCGACUAAACCACCGAAGGCCCAUAACAAACGCAAUUUCUGAAGAAGUAUUGAUCACGUAAUUUCGACCAAAAUGUAGGGACAAUCUCGACUGAAAGCUUGUCCCGAAAACAAUAUGGCGGCGUGCACGUGUCGUCUGCAAUUCUUCAUUGGAAUCGAAUAUCGUACGUGUGAGAUUUAUCGGUACACUGUCCCUGGCCAGUUCACGAUAUUGCUGAAGGUAACGCAAGAAUUAUACUCUUGGUGAAGAUGGAAUUAUCUGGUGGUGAUGGAACGUUGUGACUCGACAAAGAGAGGCCAUAAAGAGUGGCGACGAAUAGCGAAAAGGGAGCGUCGCAGACGUCUGCGUCGCAAAGCUGCCGCUGAACGGGACGCGGACGCGGAAAGACUGAGGGCAGCACUAGAGAAAAAUGCGGACUAUUUGAACUGGCUGGAGAAGUGCGAAGCGGAAGAGAAAGAAAAGGAGAGGAUAGAGAAAGAGGAGCACGAGCAGCGUGAGAAACUUUGGCUGGAAGAGGAAGUGAAAGCUCAGAAGGAAUGGCAAAUCCUACAGGAACGAAAGCAACGGGCCCGACAAUUGCAGUUGGAGCAGGAAGCGAAAAUCCGAGAAGAGUUUGAGGCGAAACAAGAAGUGAUUCGCAAGAAACAAGAAGAAGAGAAACAGAAGAGAGAGGAGGAUAUCAAGAAGCGGGAGGAACUGUUAAAGGAGAUCGACGAUUACAUCGAUAAUGGGAUCGAAACGCCGGAAGCUAUGCGCGAAGUCGUCGACAGUCAACCUGGAAAAGAACUGUGCCCCUUCUUUACAAAGACCGCCGCUUGCAGAUACGGCGACACAUGCUCAAGAAAUCAUAGAAGAGUAUGCCUGAGCAAGGUGAUAUUGAUACCUGGAUUUUACACGCAUUUCUCAUUGGAAAAGAAUUCCGCGGAGUACGACACGGAUGUAGCCCUCGAGUUCGAGAGCUGGGAAACGCGGGAACAUUUUCGUGAAUUUUACAAAGACGUUGUACCGGAGUUAGAGUCCUUCGGGAGGAUAAAGACUCUUAAGUACUGCUGUAACACGGAAGUCCAUCUAAGGGGGAAUCUGUACGUCGAAUACUAUACCGAAAGAGAAGCAGCCAGGGCGCUAAGAAAGCUGAAAGGUCGUUGGUAUGCCGGUCGGCAGCUUAAUUGUGAAUUUGCCAAUCUGAAAUCCUGGAGGAGCGCUGUCUGCGGUAUGGCAAAAUGCCCGAAAGGGAGAGCGUGCAAUUUUCUGCAUACCUUUCGAAAUCCGCACGACGAGUACGAUAUUAAAAGCCCGCCUAGGUGGGCAAAGACGUCGGUCUCGUCUUCUCAGGAAGCUACCAGCAGGAGAGGAACCGAACACAGAAAUAAAUCGAAAUGGGAGGAUGGUAGUGACGCGGAUGACGGCAAGAACUGGAGAUGGUCCGAGUCGCCCGAGCCCGAAUCGGAGCAAUACUCGCAGAACACGGAGAGGUGCCAUCGUCGGAACGAUGAAUCGACGCAUCGACAAAAAUCGGCACGCGAUAAACGUCGGUCUCGACCUGAUAGAAAUAAAAUCACCGAUAACGAUGAAACGCCGACGAAACGGCGCAGAUCAAGUUCUAAAAAGCAUUUCGAAGAAAGUACCAAAGACGAGGAUAUGUCGAAUGGCCGCGAGUCGUCCAGAAGAUACUGGAGGAAACACGAAAGAAAGAGAGGGGACUACGACGACGAACACGAUGAAUCAAGAUCGCCAAGGUAUUAUCGCAAUAGAUACUCAAAGAGCGGAAAUGAAAGUCACCAUUCGAAAAUUCAUAGAUGUUUGAGUAAAUACAUGCGACAAGAGAAGAGGGAGCGUGAGAAAGAUAAGCGCAGAUCGAGGAUUCGUCGGAGCUCUUUCGAAAACUCGUCCAGACGAAAGGCUAAGACGAAUUCUGAAACGGUGGAUGUCGACAGAACAAACCAAACCAAAGAUAUACCACGUUUAAAGUCUAAAUGGGAUAGAGAUCAUGAUUACUCCGAUAGCUCAGAGUUCUCCGACUCCGAUUCAUCGAGUAGCGUCGAGGGAGAAAAUACUGACAAGUCUGGAGCGUCGAAAGAGCCGUGUAAACGCAACUCCGGCGACGAACGGGUGACGACGGAUUCAGAAAGCGAAACAAAAGUAAAUGAAAAUUAAAAGAACCUGUACCAUGAGAUUAUCAAGACUCGUUAUGUACGAACAGUUCUGUAAUGAGAUUAUUUCAGUCAGGCGAAUACUUUUUCAUACCGAAGUGCAUUUAACAAUAAAAUGUUUUAUAUAUCCACGGAAUUUUAUUACACGCGUCUUGCGCGUUUAUCAUUGAUUCAACGAUCGAUUAUUUGUGAACUCUAGAUCUGUUAACAGUGUGUACAAACUAGUUGAAAGUACGACGCAGCGAUUAAGUUGAUGCAAUGCGUUUCAACGAUAAACAUUAUCUUUCAAUCACUUAUAUCUGUGCU